CUAGUCGCGUCCAGACUACAGCGGGAAGAGCGUCCCUGCGGUGGCUCGGCCUUCUCCUCUCUGAGAAGAGGAAGCCCCGGACCUCGGGAGCAGGAAGUGGAAGGCCAAACACCCAUAUGGGUGCUCCAAUCCACUGCACCCACGUGGAAGACACGGAGGAAGCUCCUCAUUCCUGGCUUCAGAUCGGCAUAGCUCCAGCUGUUGCGGUCAUCUGGGGCGUGAACCAGCGGAUGGAAGACCUCUCUGUCCAGAAACUGCUCAGGUGUGGGUGUAGGUGGUUGAGCAACAGGCAGUCCUGCCUUCUUGAUUCCCCAUAAAGAUACAGUUCUCUGCAGUGCAUCUGAGAAGCAGCAGACAACCCAAAUUCUUGAGUCCCUGCCACCAUGAGGGAGACUUGGAUGGAGUUCCAGAUCCGAGCUUUGAUCUGACCCAGUCCCAGCCAUUGUGACCAUUUGGCUUUAAGGUGAUUGAUGAGGACAGAGUCCCUAAGCUGCGAAGAGACUGAAUUUUGGAAACUACAUCCAGAACUCCACAGUGUGUAUUUAAGUGCUCUUCCCUCAGGCCUGCAGGCGGACAGCAAGAGCAACAGAAGAGCAACUCCUUGUGUGCCUGCUGCAACCUUGCCACCAUUUGAAGGGGAAGAGCUCAUUGCCUGCCCUGAGGGGCAGUGCUGCAUCCCUCUCAGGUGAUGAUAGCAUUUGAAGACCUGGCUGUGUUCUUUACUUGGGAGGAAUGGCAGAACAUGAACCAAGCUCAGAAAAUCCUGUACAGGGAUGUGAUGCUGGAGACCUACAGCAGCCUGUUCUCCCUGGGGUACUGCAUGACCAAACCUGACUUGAUCUUCAAGUUGGAGCAAGGAGCAGAGCCCUGGAUGGGGGAAGAAUGCCUACAUCAGAGCCUUCCAGUUGCCAUGAAACUGGAUGAACUGAUUAAGACCAACCAGAAAAGUCUGGAGAAAAAUCUGAAUCAGAAUGUUAUGAAAAAUAAUAACACAUUAACUCCCAAGAGAGUUGAAUUCAGAAAAACACUUAAUUUAAGUAUAAGCCAUAUUCCAAAACUGAGUAUCAAAAAGAGAAACUAUUCAGGAAUAAAACCUGAAGAAUGUAGUAUAUGUCAGAAUGUGUAUCCCCAUUGUGGGCCUGAUCAGCUACAAGCUGGAGAGAAAUUUGAUGCUACUACGGUACCUGGGAACACUCUCCAGUUCUGUGAGCCUCUUAAUGAACAGCACAAAAUUCAGACCAUGGAGCAGGCACUUGAACAAAUUAGACAAGGGAAAGUCUUCAAAAGGAAGAAUAUAUUCUAUGAAUCUGAGAAGCUUUUUAUGGUAGAAACCUGUAAUAAGCCAACUGCCAUUAUUGGCAAGACAACUCAAAUACUACAAGAUUUCCAUAAAAAGUCUAACCUCAGUAUACAUCAACAAAGUCCCAAAAGAGAGAACGUUUAUAAGUAUAUUGGGCCUGUGGAACCUGUCAUUUACCAAUCAUAUGUUAGAAUGAAUCAUAGACCAAAUAUAGAGAAGAAAUCGUAUGCAUGUAAAACUUGUGGGAAGUCAUUCAGUAAUAAAUUCUGCCAUCCCCUCCAUCACAGCACUCAUAUAGUGGAAAACCCUCAUGUGUGUAAUGAUUGUAGAGAAACCACUCACCAGAAGUCAGCUCUCAUUAGACAUCAGAGAAUUCACACAGGGUUGAAAUCUUAUAAAUGUAAUGACUGUGGGAAGUUCUUUGGCCAGAAGAAACACCUCAUAAAUCAUCAGAGAAUUCACACAGGGGAGAAACCUUAUGAAUGCAAUGACUGUGGAAAAGCCUUUGGCCAGAAGUCACAACUCAAAAUUCAUCAGAGAAGUCACACAGGGGAGAAGCCUUAUGAAUGCAAUGACUGUGGAAAAGCCUUUGGCCAGAAGUCAAACCUCAGAAAGCAUCAGAGAAGUCACACAGGGGAUACGCCUUAUGAGUGCAAUGACUGUGGAAAAGCCUUUGGCCAGAAGUCACAACUCAAAACUCAUCAGAGAAGUCACACAGGGGAGAAGCCUUAUGAAUGCAAUGACUGUGGAAAAGCCUUUGGCCGGAAGUCAAUCCUCAUAAAUCAUCAGAGAAGUCACACAGGGGAGAGGCCUUAUGAGUGCAAUGACUGUGGAAAAGCCUUUGGCCAGAAGUCACACCUCAGAAAGCAUCAGAGAAGUCACACAGGGGAUAAGCCUUAUGAGUGCAAUGACUGUGGAAAAGCCUUUGGCCGGAAGUCACACCUCAGAAAGCAUCAGAGAAGUCACACAGGGGAGAAACCUUAUGAAUGCAGUGACUGUGGGAAAACCUUUGGCCAGAAGACAAACCUCGUAAAUCAUCAGAGAAUUCACACAGGGGAGAAACCUUAUGAAUGCAAUGACUGUGGAAAUGCCUUUAGCCAGAAAUCAGCACUCACAAAUCAUCAGAGAAUUCACACAGGGGAGAAACCUUAUGAAUGCAGUGACUGUGGGAAAAUCUUUGGCCAGAAGUCAAACCUCAAAACGCAUCAGAGAAUUCACACAGGGGAGAAACCUUAUGAAUGCAGUGACUGUGGGAAAACCUUUGGCCAGAAGACAAACCUCAUAAAUCAUCAGAGAAUUCACACAGGGGAUAAGCCUUAUGAAUGCAAUGACUGUGGAAAAACCUUUGGCCAUAAGCCACACCUCAAAAUGCAUCAGAGAAUUCACACACGGGAUAAGCCUUAUGAAUGCAAUGACUGUGGAAAAACCUUUGGCCAGAAGUCACAACUCAAAAUGCAUCAGAGAAGUCACACCAUGGAGAAAGCUUAUAAAUGAAAUGACUGUGGAAAAGCCUUUGGUCCCAUCCUUGCAUACCAAGGAUAAAUCCCACUUGGUCUGGGUGGAUGAUCUUUCUGAUGCAUUGUUAGAUUCAGUUGGCCAGAAUUUUGUUGCGGAUCUUUACAUGUAUGUUCACCAGGGAAAUUGGUCUAUAAUGACUUUCUCUGUUGUAUUUUUUUCAGGUUUAGGAAUGAAGGUGAUGCUGGCUUCAUAGAAAGAAUUUGGGUGAAUCACCUCUCUCUCAAUUGUUUUGAAUAACUUGAGAAGAAUUCCAGUUAGUUCUUCUUUUUUUUUUUUUUUAACUUAUUUAAUGAAUAUAAAUUUCCAGUGUACAGCUUAUGGAUUACAAUGGCUUCCCCCCCCCCCCAUAA